CCGCUUUCACCAGCACGGCCGCUGCUUUCCCAAUGGAGAAAGGGAAACGAGACGAAUCUAGGACACCUCGAGAAAAACAGAGCGCAAUCUAGCGGCGCGACUCUGUCCCCGUCGGCGUCGCGACGCCGCCUCCGCUCCGACGCGCGCUCCCGCCAGAUGCCGCGGGGCCACCACCACCGCCGCGGCCGGCUCCUCCCGCUCGUGGCGGCGGCCGCCGCGCUCCUCCUCCUCGCGCUGCUCGUCCUCCUCCCGGCCGCGCCGCCCGCCGGGGGCCCCGCCUCGCUCCUGCGCGCGGCCGUCGCGGCGCACCCGUCGCCGGCCGCCUACGGGCGGCCCUGCGCCGACCACCUCGCCCUCUCCCUGCGCCGCCUCCGCGCCGCGCUGGCCUCGCUGGAGGCCGGCGACGUCCCCGCCGCGCUCCACCUCGCCUCCGCCUCGCUCCAGUGCCAGUACGACUGCUCACACCUCCUCUCGCUCCCCGCCUUCCGCUCCCACCCGCUCACGUCCCGCUUCCUCAAUUCCCUUGCCCCGCGAACCCUAACCGCUGCGCCUAAGCCUUCCUCCGCCGCCGCAUUCCCGGUGAGGAUCCGCCCGGACGCCACGGUCUGCAAGUCGAAUUCCGGGGCGAAGCCGUGCAGAUACUCGACCGUGCAAGCCGCUGUGGACGCGGCGCCGAACUACACCGCCGGGCACUUCGUCAUCGCCGUCGCUGCAGGUACAUACAAGGAAAAUGUCGUGAUUCCGUACGAGAAGACCAACAUUUUGCUGGUCGGGGAGGGCAGGGGGGCUACUGUGAUCACCGCAUCACGGAGCGUGGGGAUUGAUGGGCUUGGAACAUUCGACACCGCGACGGUGGCCGUGAUUGGUGAUGGCUUCCGCGCGAGGGAUAUAACCUUUGAGAACAAUGCGGGUGCUGGAGCUCAUCAGGCUGUGGCGUUCCGAUCGGACAGUGACCGGUCAGUGCUGGAGAAUGUAGAGUUCCGUGGGCACCAGGAUACGCUGUAUGCUCGCACGAUGCGGCAGUUGUAUCGCCGGUGCCAUAUCAUGGGGACAGUGGAUUUUAUUUUCGGGAAUGCUGCAGCGGUGUUUGAGGAAUGUGUGAUUAAGACUGUGCCGCGGGCAGAGGGAGUUCGGAAGACUGCACGAAAUGUGGUGGCAGCGAAUGGGCGGAUUGAUCCGGGGCAGACGACAGGGUUUGUGUUUCAGAACUGCACCGUGGAUGGGAACAAAGAGUUUCUGGAAUUGUUCCGAACAAAGCCACAGUCAUACAGACUGUAUUUGGGGCGGCCAUGGAAAGAGUAUGCCAGGACAUUGUAUGUCAGCUGUUAUCUGGGGACGGUUAUCAGGCCAGAGGGAUGGCUUCCCUGGCGAGGGGAUUUUGCAUUCAGGACACUAUAUUAUGGAGAGUUUGAUAGUCGAGGACCUGGUGCAAACCGCACGGCAAGGGUUGAGUGGAGCAAUCAGACACCAGAACAGCAUGUCAAACUCUAUUCACUGGAGAACUUUAUACAGGGCCAUCAAUGGAUCGCUUACUAACUACUGUAGAUCCUUCUUAGCACUUGAACAGCGCACUGAAUUUUCUGGAAUGGUAAAUACCUUCUGCCAUUCUUCUAAGAAUCUGGAGGCACCUGUGUUUCCUGCCUUCCUGGUAGAAAAUCCAAAUGGAUGUGGUUUGUUUUACCCAUUUGCCUACAUCUGAACCUUUUUGCAUACAUGUUUUAGUUUCAUUUUUUUAGCUUUAGUUGCCAUUAUGUAAUUACAUUGCCCUUUCCAUAGAUUAAAGACUGAAAAAUAGGCUGGCUACAGAAUGUGACGGAACUUCUGCUAGUAAAUUACUCUUGCCUUUGCA